UAAAGCUCCUCAACAGCCAGCCAGCCAAAACAUGGAUAUAAGCCUCGUAAAAUUGAAAGGUGACUUGAGCUUGGGCAACAAGGCAAAAUAAAAUUUGAAAAUUAAGAAGAGAGAGAUAUGCUCCAGGUUUGCUUGGCUAGGAAUCCAAAUGGCUUUUUUAAGCUCAACAAGAAAAGAAUCGAUUCUUCAAAAACCCAUUCCCCCAAUAGAAUAAUAAGAAGAAAAAAAUCAUGCCCAUUUCCCGCUAUCUUUUCUUUUCCACCAAACAACGCCCAGGACAGUGUCUCAAUCUACUCCGAAGGCUUGGUCCAUCAAAGAGGGUUCAAUCUAGCUGUUUUUCCAAAUCAACAAGCCAAAAUCACUGGAAGCGUCCUGUACCGCAAGUAAAAGUAGAACUGAAGGUUCCUCGUUUCCUUGUCAUUCCAGCUGCUGUACUAGGAUUUGUUGGAUUGGCAGCUCUUGUGCAUUAUAAUGACGAGAGGAGAGCGGUUCCAAAAGGUCAAGGCAGUGAUUGUGUUGAUGUCAAGGGUCCAAUUAUUGGUGGUCCAUUCACCCUAGUUAACACAGAGAAUAAAGUAGUUACUGAUAAAGAUUUUCUAGGAAAUUGGGUUUUGCUGUACUUUGGCUAUACAUCCUCCCCUGAUGUUGGACCUGAGCAACUGAAAUUGAUCACCAAGGCCUUAAACACAUUAGAGUCUAAAGAGAAUCUUAAGGUUUUGCCCAUGUUUGUUACACUUGAUCCUCAGCGUGACAACCCCCCGCAUCUUCGUGCUUACCUUGAAGAGUUUGAAUCAAGAAUAGUAGGAUUAACAGGACCUGUUGGUGCUAUAAGACAGAUGGCACAAGAGUACCGUGUUUAUUUCAGGAAAGUUGAAGAAGAAGGAGAUGAUUAUCUUGUUGAGACUUCUCAUAACAUGUAUUUGAUAAAUCCAAACAUGGAGGUUGUAAAAUGCUUCGGUGUCGAAUAUAACGCAGAGGAGCUUUCAGAAGCAAUAGGAAAAGAAUUGAAGAGAACCUCAUCAUAAUGGUUUUGAAAUCUCUGAUGUGCUCCUAGUCUUCUGGGAAUUUUAUAAUUUUGGAAGGUGUCUAACUAACGUUCCUGAUUUCUUUUUUCUUUCUUUUUAAGAAAGAUUUUGUCUGGUUGUUGCAUGGGCUUGAACCCUUGACCUUAACUUCAGAAUGAAGGUUUUAAGAGGUCAGUAGGUUCUCGAUCCCAUCUUACAUCUUUGCUAUAAUGAUAUUUCAGACAUCUUCCUCCAA